GCAGUCUCUGUGUGAACGCUGUGACAAUAAACUCUGCAGCUGUACUACAUACCUUCCAUCUUGGUGUAAAGAUUCUGCAACGAAAUGUCUGCUUCUCUCAGGUUCGAUGGAAAAGUUGUCCUGGUCACGGGGGCUGGUGGAGGAUUGGGAAAAGAAUAUGCAUUGGCUUUUGCAGAAAGAGGGGCUUCUGUUGUUGUAAAUGACCUUGGGGGUGAUAUUAAAGGAGAGGGCAAAAGUUCAUCGGCUGCUGACAAAGUUGUUGAAGAAAUAAAAGCUAAAGGAGGCAAAGCUGUGGCAAAUUAUGAUUCUGUGGAGAAUGGAGAAAAAUUAGUUCAGACGGCACUGGAUGCAUUCGGGAGAAUUGAUAUUGUAAUUAACAAUGCAGGGAUUCUGCGAGACCGUUCUUUUGCCAGAACAAGUGACUUAGACUGGGAUUUAAUUCACAGAGUACAUCUGAGAGGAUCUUUCAUGGUGACACGAGCUGCAUGGAAUCAUAUGAAAAGCCAGAAGUUUGGAAGAAUUAUUAUGACAUCAUCUGCUGCUGGGAUAUAUGGCAACUUUGGUCAAGCAAACUACAGUGCAGCAAAACUAGGGCUUUUAGGCCUUUCUAACACAUUGGCCAUUGAAGGAAAGAAGUACAACAUCCACUGUAACACUAUAGCACCGACUGCAGGAUCUAGACUGACACAGACUGUCAUGCCCCCAGAUCUGUUGGAGUCUCUUAAAGCAGAGUAUGUCGCUCCUCUUGUUCUGUGGUUGUGCCAUGAAAGCUGUGAGGAAAAUGGUAGCCUGUUUGAGGCAGGUGCAGGCUGGAUUGGUAAAUUGCGCUGGGAGAGAACACAGGGUGCGAUUGUGAGGCACAAGAACCAGGAAAUGACUCCUGAGGCAGUGCGAGAUAAUUGGGAGGCGGUCUGUGAUUUCAAAAAUGCAAACAAACCCCAAGAUAUCCAAGAGUCAAUAACUACUCUGGUUGAUGUGCUUUCGAGAGUCGACACUGAAAACCUUUCAGCUAAUCCUACUAGCGCCAUGGCAUCCACCAGCACCACAGGCAUUGAUCCAGCCCAGGCAGUCGGUCAGAAGUUGCCAGAGAAGGUCUUCACCUAUUCACAAACUCAGUGUAUACUUUAUGCCCUUGGAGUUGGCAUGUCAACCAAAGACUCAGAUCACAUGAAGUUUCUUUUUGAAGGGCAUGAAGAAUUUAGCUGCUUGCCUACUUUUGGAGUCAUUCCACCCCAGGCCUCCAUGAUGGAUGGUGGGCUAACUGCUGUCCCUGGAUUAAAUUUUGAUUUUACCAGGCUUUUGCAUGGGGAGCAAUACCUGGAGCUGUAUAAACCAUUACCAACUUCAGGCAAACUGACCUCGCAUGCUACGAUUGCGGAUGUGCUAGAUAAGGGCUCUGGAGCUGUCAUACUCUUAGAUGUACACACAUACAAUGAGAAGGACCUGCUGUGUUACAAUCAGUUCUCCUUGUUUGUAGUGGGAGCUGGAGGAUUUGGAGGAAAGAGGACAUCGGAAAAAGCAAAGGGCACGGUAAAUCCACCGAACAGACCUCCAGAUGCUGUGAUGACUGAUGAGACAAGCAGGGAUCAGGCUGCUUUAUAUCGGCUCAGCGGGGAUUGGAACCCCCUGCACAUUGAUCCCAGUUUUGCAGCAAUGGGAGGGUUCAAAAAGCCUAUAUUGCAUGGGCUGUGUUCCUUUGGAUUUGCUGCUAGACAAGUUUUGAAGCAAUAUGCAGACAAUGAUAUACUACAAUUCAAGGCAAUUAAGGUACGCUUUGUGAAACCAGUCAUUCCAGGACAAUCACUGCAGACUGAAAUGUGGAAAGAAGGAAACAGAAUCCACAUUCAAACAAAAAUUAAAGAGACUGGAGAUGUUGUUUUAGCAGGAGCAUAUGUAGAUCUGAAGGGCACUCUGGAUAAAACUGCAGCUAAGGAACCAUCUAUGCAGAUUGGGGGUCUCCAGAGUGACCUUGUCUUUGCAGAGAUUGGCCGCCGCAUUAAAGAUGUUGGUAAAGAUUUGGUAAAGACAGUGAAUGCUGUCUUUCAAUGGGAAAUCACGAAAGAUGGAAAUAAUGCAGCACAGUGGACUAUCGAUCUGAAGAAUGGGUCAGGGUCACUGUAUAAAGGAGCCCCUCAAGCUAAAGCUGAUGUGACUUUUAGCCUCUCUGAUGAAGAUUUCAUGGAAGUUGUUCUGGGCAGGCUCAAUCCGCAGAAGGCAUUCUUUGCAGGAAAGUUGAAAGUGAAAGGUAAUAUAAUGCUGAGCCAAAAACUGGAGACCAUCCUGAAAGACUAUGCAAAACUGUGAGACUACACUAUGACUACUGCUUACGGAUGCUGGCAAAAAACUCUCCUGCCUUUUGUUAAAUAGAUUUGUGUUAAGUACUUGUUAAUUGCACUGUAACCAACCAAGAUGAUCAGCUUGACUAACCGAUCAGAAAGGACAGCAUCACUUUCUUUUUGUUAUUGUAAACCUUCAAUUAAAAAUGUCAUAACUGAAAAUAAAUAAUUUCAGACCUCUAUACAAUAUAGAUGUUGCUUGUAGUCCAAUUUACAUUAUAUAGUUGGGCAAUUUUGUAUUUUGUUGUUGCCAUAAUGCACAUGGAAUACAGUUAAAAUGCAAAAAGUCUAGCAGCCAAUUGGCACUAACAUGGAGAAAUAAUUAAAACUCAACAUCUUUCGUUAAAUUCCAGUUUCCUCAUUACAUUCUGUGGAGUGGAGCAUCCACAAACAAAAAUGCUGUCACAUGUGCUACAAAUGCUUCAAUAACGUACCAGUAAUUUUUUUUUCUUUUCAUUGUUAACAUCCUGAAGCUUUUUACACAGAAA